GUGAACGAACGUGAACUAGCUAGCUGUGACAACGGUGACAGUCACCGGUCGCGGUGAUCCACCUCCAGCUGCGAACGUCCCCCCGCGGUGGUCUCACUGUCAUAGAGAGCGACUCUAAACCCUACCCACCCACAGAGGGGUCCCGUCCGCCGGCUUGAAGCGCCCUCACCGCCCCUCGGAGCGUCCGCGGCUCUCGUCCUUUAACCGGCCAGGGCAGUAUUGUGAUAUUUGGGUUCCUGUUCCUCGGUUUUGUCCAGCCUCAUCCAGCCCCACUGUGGAUCUUUAGCCCCUCCGGCAGGGCAGAGGCAGAGCCAUCGGGGACCAGACCAGCGGGCAGCAGGGCUCCAUGAGUGCGACGGGGCAGCAGCAGCAAAGUGGGGGCCUGCGUUCUCGCCGAAGCCUUGGCCGGGACAAGGACCCUGGCCAGGGCAUGGGCAUGGAGGCCGCCUGCUGGCUGGCCCCCGGAGUGCUGCGCAGGCUGAUCGAGCUGCCCUCACCCCCCCUGUCCAGACACCAGCUCAAGAGACUGGAGGAGCACAGGUACUGCAGUGCCGGCCGCUCCUUGCUGGAGCCUCUGAUGCAGCGUUACUGGGAAUGGUUGGUGGGACGAGUCCCUUCCUGGAUCGCCCCCAACCUCAUCACCAUCAUCGGCCUGGCCACCAACGUCUUCACCACCCUCGUGCUCAUUUAUUAUUGUCCAACCGCCACCGAACAGGCUCCUCUCUGGGCGUACCUGCUGUGUGCCGUGGGCCUGUUCAUCUACCAGUCGCUGGAUGCCAUCGACGGGAAGCAGGCCAGACGCACCAAUAGCAGCUCUCCGCUGGGCGAGCUGUUUGACCACGGCUGUGACUCCCUCUCCACGGUGUUUGUGGUGUUGGGAACCAGUAUAGCCGUGCAGAUGGGCACCAACCCGGACUGGAUGUUCUUCUGCUGCUUCGCCGGGAUGUUUAUGUUCUACUGCGCUCACUGGCAAACAUACGUGUCGGGAACGCUGCGCUUCGGCAUCAUUGAUGUGACUGAGGUGCAAAUCUUCAUUAUAAUCAUGUAUUUGCUGGCCGCCGUGGGAGGAUCUGCUUUUUGGCAGUCUCUGAUUCCGAUCCUAAAUAUCCAGAUGAAAAUGGUCCCCGCCAUCUGCACUUUCUUGGGAGCCAUCUUCUCCUGCACCAAUUACUUCAGGGUUAUUUUUACGGGAGGAGUCGGCAAAAACGGAUCCACGACAGCCGGAACCAGCGUCCUCUCUCCAGUCUUACAUAUUGGUUCGGUUAUAAUUUUGGCGAUGAUGAUAUACAAGAAGUCUGCUGUCCAGCUCUUCGAGAAACACCCGUGUCUGUAUAUCCUGGCGUUUGGCUUCGUCUCCGCCAAAAUCACCAAUAAAUUAGUUGUAGCGCAUAUGACAAAAAGUGAGAUGCAUCUCCACGAUUUAGCCUUCCUGGGACCAGGUCUCCUGUUCCUGGAUCAGUAUUUCAAUAGUUUUAUUGACGAGUACCUGGUGCUGUGGAUUGCAUUGAUCAUUUCCUUCUUCGACUUGGUGCGUUACUGCGUCAGUGUUUGCAACCAGAUCGCCUGCCAUCUCCACAUUUUCGUUUUCAAAAUCAAGCCUUGUUCUCUGCUCUCCGCUCCUCACUGAGGACCUCGACUGACUCCUCCUCCUCUUGUCCACGUAGAGAUUCAGGGGGAGGACGUGGUGUAGACAAAAUAAUAAAUAAAAAAUAAAAGUAUGUGCUUCUGCCAACUGAAUGUGAGGACAAAUAAUAUAUAUUGACAAACCAGAGUAUUACUGUCAUUUUGUUUCUUUUUGGGUUUUUUUUUUUUUCACCGGUGCAGAAUUUUAAUUUGUACCGGCUUCGUUUUCUGCUCCGAGUAAUAAGAAUAUUCUCCUUUCUGACAAACUCACGAACAAAUGUUUCAGGAGAGUGCAGGUGCUACUCGGCGUGCUACUCGGCGUGCUACUCGGAGCGCUACUCGGAGCGCUACUCGGAGCGCUACUCGGAGCGCUACUCGGCGCGCUACUCGGAGCGCUACUCGGAGCGCUACUCGGAGCGCUACUCGGAGCGCUACUCGGAGCGCUACUCGGCGUGCUACUCGGAGCGCUACUCGGCGUGCUACUCGGAGCGCUACUCGGAGCGCUACUCGGAGCGCUACUCGAGGAGAGAAAACUCAGACGCGUUCAAACUGUCGUUUGCGUGCAGAGAAAACGAAUCAAACUCUUUUCUUUUUUUUUCACGAUUAUAAUUUUUGUAAUAUUUUUGCAUAACUUUACCUUUUUGCUAUUGUAAAUACCACAAACUGUUCCCGUGUCUGUGCUUUUUUCUUCUAGGUAAAAAAACAAAACAAAAAAACAACAAAAAACACGUUUAUAAACCUUCAUGUUUUAUGAUUUUUAUAACUUUAUCUCCUGCACAUUAUACAGAAAGAACUGUGUGACUGUUUUUCUUUUUUUGGAGGAAACUCGUCGUCGACCUCAGAACGUUGUUAUUGGAAGAAAAAAAACGAUGUUUUUCAUUUGACUGACCACUGAAACCACUUUGGGGGUUCAACUCGAUUGUUGUGUGCGUUUUGUUGUUGAGUCGUCUAAUGUUAUUUGCUAAUAUGUUCAUUGUGAUAGUUUUUUAUGCUUCCUCUACACUUUAUUGUUACUCGUCAUGCACUCGAAGGGAAUAACACGGCAGUCCGUCUGAUUUCUUCACUUCGCGGCUGCGCAGGUACGAAGGCCUUCGAGUUCACAUUUCGCAGUCGAUUUGGGACAAAAUUCGACACGUUUUAACGUUUAUUUCUUCACUCGGCUCACUGUCACGUCACCUUGUAGUAUUAUUAUUAUUCUGUUUUCUUAUCGUCAACAAAUCCCAUGAAAGAAAUCUGUGUGUGUGAAGGAACUUCGUGCAACAGUGACGCUCAUUGAUGUGUUUCGAUUAGUUUUUAGACGAUAAUGUGGCUCAGGGAGAAGAUGUAUCGGGGGUCAUGAGGUCAUUGUUGGUUUGGUUUCCAUGGUAUUUGUUGACAUUAAGAAAGAAACAAAUAUCACCAGACUUGAUCUUUUUUUUUGUUUGUUAAAUGAACGACUUCCUGCCGCCAUGACUGUUGUUCGUGUGAAUGUCGCCUCGUCCAUUAAUAACACAGCCUGGUCGACGACGUGUUUCCCCCCCAAAAAACAACACAGUGCACCUGGUGAAGCGGAACAGGUGCACGUUGGACUCCAUGUGUAGGAGAUGAGGUCACACGAUGACAUCACUGGUUUUUUAAGUGGUGACUGACGAGAAUCAGAUCAAUUUUGUUUUUAAUUUUUUUUGUUUCGUUUUGUCCUUGACAGUUAAUAAAAACCUGUUUUAUUUGAAA